AAUUCAAGAUGUCAGUUAUUAUUCGUCUCCAGAAUUUACCAUGGUCAGCAAGUGCUAUGGAUAUACGCCAGUUCUUCAAGGGCCUCAACAUACCCCCAGGAGGUGUUCACAUCAUAGGAGGAGAAAAAGGUGAUGCUUUUAUUGCUUUUGUUAGUGAUGAGGAUGCAAGGAAGGCAAUGAUGAUGAAUAAUGGCUAUAUUGAUACAAAUUCAGUGCAGCUGUUUCUCAGUAGUAAAUCAGAAAUGCAGAAUGUUAUUGGUGAGGCUAGGAAUCAAAGUGCUCCAGCAUCAAUUGAGCAAACAACACCACCACAAACACAUCAAACUCCACCGCAGCCAUAUAUGGCUUCAGAAUAUGCUAAGCCAGCAGACAAACAAGUUUAUCCACCACAAGACAGACAGGCUCCAGAAUUGGAAAGGGGUUAUAAUAGACCAAGCCAAUUGCACACACAGAAUGUUAUGCCUGUAGGACCACAUUUUGACAGACCAGAUCAACAACAGGGGCAUUAUGAUGAUCAGUUAGGAAGAUACCCAGACAGAACAGCAGCUUCUCAAAAUGUUCAAGAACAGCUUUCAUACAAUAGAGAAAGCCAACCAACGGAGAGGUAUGGUCAGCCUUUAGAUAGAAGAUAUCCAACUGGAGAUACUCCAAAAGAUUCAUAUAUUAACUCUCACCCAACACACAAUGGUGAUUAUGACCGUAACAGUUCCCAUUCACAAGAAUCAGCUGCAGAUGUAGCCAGGUAUGGGCAACAGCCUGACAGAUAUGCAAAAGAUAGAUUUCCAGACAGAUAUCCACCACAGAGCAGAGAUGGCUAUCAAGAGAGAUAUCCUCCAGCAUCUAGAGAGGGAUUUCCUGAUAGGUUUCAACCAAGAUCAGAUCGUGGUUCAUCUGUUGAGAGUAGAACAAGCUAUCCAACACCCACUGAAUUGGAUGAGAAUAGUCGAUCAAGUUCCAGAGGCCAAGAUGUCAUUUCCCCAAGACUGCAAGAAAGAAAAGGUGAUACAGAAAAAGUUCCACUAUAUCCUCCAUAUCCUCAACAGCAGGCAUGGGAAACACUAAGGCAGGACCCACAGUCAAAGCCUACAUUAGAACCCGGACCACCUGGGAGCUUUCAGAAUGAUCCUCGGAGACCAUGGGAUCCAUUCCAGGUUCCAACUUCAAGACAAGAGGGUAGCACAGAUGUGUAUCCUCCAGACCCAAAUAGAUUCAUAACACCAAGUGGACAAACUCAACUUCCAAUUAGUGGAACAGAAAGAGACAGAAGCUAUGAUAGAAGACCUGGUUAUGAGGACAUUAGGGAAACACUUCCAUCACAUGAGAGAAAUCUACAGCUUAGUGAAAGAACUCCCCCUGGUUUGGACAGACAUCAUUAUAAUCGUGACAAUGAUCCUCGUGAUCAAUAUGGGUAUAGAGGAGAUGGUUCUCAGAGAAGAUAUGGACUAGGACCUUCAUCAAAUUGGAAUCAGGGAAUAGAUCAUCGUUCUUCCCCAGCGCAAAGACCACCUUCUGGUUUAUUAGAAACACCAGAUCCGAAUAAAAAAAUAUCAGAAAUAAAUCAGUAUGAGGACAGUGAUAGCAGAAUGCAUAUUGGAAAAGUCGAAGACAAAUUAGAUGACAAAGGAAAUGUUGAUGAGAAUGAGCCUCCACCUUUUUGGAAUCCAGAAUUUGAUAAAAAAGUUAAUCCAGACUUUAAUCACCCACCUCCAAAUUUUAAUAUCCCUUCAUCCAUCGGAAAUGAAAAUAGAAGACCUCCAUAUGGUGCCUCAAGAGAUGGUUUCAGCCAACCAGACAAGGAAGUAUAUGGGUACCCACUCAGACCACCCCCUGCUGAUACACAUGAAAGGCCACCAGCUGUAGAUGCAUAUGAAAGACCAACACCUAGAGAUACAAAUGAAAGACUUCCACCUAGAGAUGAUCAUGAAAGACUUCCACCAAGAGAUGCUUAUGAUGCACAUGAAAGACCAUCACCAAGAGAUGCACAUGAAAGAAUACCACCAAGGGAUGCAUAUGAAAGGCCACCUCCAAGAGAUCAAUAUGAAAGGCCACCUCCUAGAGAUCAAUAUGAAAGGCCACCUCCAAGAGAUCAAUAUGAAAGGCCACCUCCAUCUGGUCCAUUUGACCGACCAGCUCCAUCAGGGCCAUAUGAAAGACCAGCUCCAUCAGGGACAUUUGAAAGACCAACUCCAUCUGGAACAUUUGAUAGACCAAUUCCAUCUAGCCAAUAUGACAGGCCGCCACUUGGGUUUCCAGAUAGACCUCCAUAUGGAGAAAGACCACCACCUUUUAGGGAUGGACUACCACAUUAUGACAAUAAGCCUCCACUUAUUGAGAGACAGUAUGAUCAUCCAUCUUAUGGAGUUGAUGGAAGACCUUCAUUAGAUGAACACUAUCUUAGAAAAGGACCAUUUAGUUAUAAUGACAAAAAUCAACCAGCAUAUGACCAGAAAACUGGAAGACCAUCCGUGCCGUUUGAUGCAAAGCCCUCUACUGAUACAAGUGGUGGUUCUCCAAUGGAUAUAGUGGAUGAUCAAGAAGAGUAUAAAAGUGAGGAUUACCCACAACCUAGAGGUUUCCAGAAUCAACCUUUUAGAGCUCCAUUUCCAAACCAGCCAAGUUUUGACCCAAGAUUUCCCAAUAGACCUCCACCUGCCAGGCUACCAGAUAUCAGACAACCACCUCCAAGACUUGGAGCUCCAGGUUUUUCACAGCCACCAUUUAACAGACCUUUAAGAAUAAAUGAAAGCAUUCCAGUAAGUGCAAAUCAGCCAAGACCUAAUACCCCAUUUACAUCUAUAGGAACACCAGGAAAUACUGUUCAGCCACUUAUACCAGGACUCAUAGGUGGCUCAGAUCAACGUCAGAAUCAACCUAUACAAAGGCCACUGCUGGAUGAUUCAAAAAACAAGUCUGACGAUCUGAUUGACAAUAGAAAUAGACCUCAAGACACUGACAAGAGAGGAGAGGAGAAUAAAAUCCCAUCAAGACUGAAUGAUAGGCCAUCAGAUGUAGAUUCCAGAAAUCAAAGAAGUGCAGGAAGAGAGGCAAAACAAGAUGUUGAUACUAGACAACGCCGCGAUGAAGAUACGAAAAGAGAUGAAGACAGAAGAGAUAGAGAUAGGGAAAGAGAUCGUGAUCGCAGGCGUGACAUAGAUCGUUACAGUAGAGACGAUAGAAGCAGAUCAGAAGUUGAUAGAAGACGUUCUGAUUAUGAUAGGAGAGAUGAUCGUCUUAGAGACAGAAGUAGGGAUUAUGACAGAUCAAGAGAUUAUGAUAGGUCUAGAGAUUAUGAUAGAUCUAGAACAGAACGAGAUAGGGAUAGAGAUAGUAGAUAUGAUGGUAGAUACAGGGAUGAUAGGGACAGUCGCAGAUCACCACGAGAUAGUCGAGACAAAAAAGUGGAUGAGUUUGGAAGAGAAAAACGUUUUGACGAAAGAGAUGUAAAAAGAGAAAAUGAAUCCAGAACAACACCAAGCAAAACAAGUCAGCAACUGAAAUCAGAUAUAGGCACUGCACCUAAACAGACAUCUGUUUCUCAAAGUAGUGUAAGCAAGUCUUCAAUUCCACCAACAACUGUGCCUUUGCAAUCUAUUCCUGUACCAUCAAAGCAUCCAAACACACAAAGUACUUCACCAAGUUUUAAAACAUCAUCAUUUUCAAAUUUACCUGUGUCGAAAGAUGCUGUUAUAGAUAACAGAUCUGUUUCUAAUACACCAGUUUCAUUUAGUAUAGCUAAAAGUCCUGCAUCAGCUGCAAGUAGUACAACGUUACAAAGCUUACCAAAAAAUAGUCCUUCAACAGUGACUGGGCCUAAACCACCUCUGAGUACAUCUAUAUCUAGCCCAAGAUCUCUAAUGAGUACAAACAUUACCAGCGUGAGACAAAAUAUUACUAGGUUUGACCCUUCAACUCAGCCAGGUAUAUUAGGAGCAGCCCCUCCAGGUGUAAGACCUGUAAGACCAAUACAGAAGGCACCAAUAAUGUCUAGAAAAGCUUCAAACGAUUGGGAGCAACGUCCAAAAGUCCCUUUAUUGCCUGAUACGUCAAGACCCCAACCUGCAGGUCCACCAGCUUUUACUGAUGCACCAAAACCUUCAUCGAAAUUCACUGAUACAUCAAGAUCUCCGCUGUCAGGUCCUCCACUAAAAAGUUCACCACCAGCCAAGAUUGAUGCAGCAGAUCCAAAAGGAUUAAAACGACAAUACAGAAAAACAAUGCCUUCUCUAUCAAUAGUAGUGAAGAAUUUGCCUACUAAUGCUGGAUAUAGGGAUGUUAGAAAGUUCUUUCAGGGAUGUGAAAUUCCUUGGGAUGGAUUGAAAAUGAUAAAUGAUGGGGAAGGAAAGAGAAUUGGGGUUGCUUACAUAAACUUUUGCAGUUCACAGGCAUAUUUUGAAGCUAUAGAGAGAAAUAAAAAACAAUUAAAUGACAAUGUUAUUGAAGUUAAAUCUUGCCCUCAAGAAGAAUAUGAUAAACAAGUAGAUUCAUUCAUGCCCUCAAAGGAUAAUGAAGCUAAGAAAAUGAAGAUAGAGGAACCAUCUAAAACAUCCCCUGCUAAAACAAUUCCUAAAGAGAAUAUAGUUCAGGUUAAAGGCUGGGCAACUUCAGUGAAUAAAGAAGAGCUUCAAAAAUUCUUUAAGGAUCUGAAAAUUGCAGAAAAUGGCAGUGCAAUAUAUAUUGAACAUGAUCAGCAAAGACGACCAACUGGUAUGUCAAUGGUGAAAUUUGAUAAUGAAUUGGACUUUGAUAAAGCUUUAUCAUUAGACUUGAAACAGUUAGCAGGAAAGACUGUUCACAUUAAAUCAGUGUCUCAGAAGGACUUGGAUAAUUUAAAAGAAGAACUAGGAAAAAUUGGUACUCAAUUGAUCCCUUCUGGUAAUAAAGAUGUGAAAGCAGCUGGAGAUGCACUAAAAUCUGACUAUACAUGUGUUCAUUUGAAAGGACUACCGUCAUAUGUUGCAUUGCAAGAUUUGCAGUUCAGCUUCUUUUCUGGUCUAGAAGUAGGCAAUCGAGGUAUUCAUCUUGUGCUAGAUUCAAAUGGAAAAUCUUUAGGAGAGGCUUUUGCAGAAUUUAUUAAUGAGUCAGUUUGUGCUAGGGCAUUGCUAAAAGAUAAUGAAGUUUUUAUGAGAAAGGCAGUGACUGUGAAACCUAUUCAAAGGAGUGAAAUGAUAGACAUGUUAAGAAUGAUAAAGCAACCAGCAGGUCGUGCAAAUACUGGUCCACAGUUUGGACGUAGAAGUACAUACUAUGUGAAAACAGAGAACUGGCCUUUUACCAUUUCAAUUCGAGAAGUGCUAAACUUUUUUCAAGGCUUUAACCCUAUCCAGGAAACUGUUCGGGUACAAAUUGGUAAUGACAUGCAAGGUUCAGCAGCAAUGGUAGGGUUUAGGAGCCAAGAUGAUGCUGAGAGGGCUGUCAACAGUUUAAACAACCAGUACUACAGACAGAGACAAAUCAGGAUGGAGCCAGCACAUAUGUAAUAAGGAUGCAAAAGAAAAUGACGUCAUAGAUGGAAGCAGAAGUAAAUGACGUGAUAGGUGGAUGCAGGACGAACUAGGGACUAAACACUGGACUUGGAAGCUGACUAUAUAUAAUAUCUGAAGUAUAUCUAGCAAAAUCCCGAAACUUUAAUUGUUUUAUAACUUGAUUUAUGUCUAGUCUUGUGGUAUGAAUUGUUUAAUAUUGUGGAAAUCAUCGGGACAGAAUUAUAAUUAUGUAAAUACACAUUUUAAUGGUAGACAUUAAUCACGAGAACUCUUCAUUCUAUGGAAGACAUUGUUAAGAACUCUACAUUGUAUAUUAGUCAUUGCUUUUUACCAUUGAGUGCUCUGUGGAACAGUAAUGAGAAAACCAAAGGUUGCUUGCAUCGUGCAGUGGCAUCGUCUAUACAUUUUGUAACACUUAUAUACGAAAAUACAGUAUAUUGUAUGAAAUUCAAAUUAUAAAUGGUACCUAACUUAGUUAAAUAUUCGAAAUUGAAAUAACUUUUGGGAAGAUUUUUAGGAAGACGAAAAAAGUAUUAGGAUUCAUGCAGAAGUAUGUAAAUUUGCGGCACAUACAAUGCACAGUUUGGGUACUCGAUCGAAGAUUCCUCAGAAAAUUAAUGAUAACACUCUAAAGAAAGUUUGAAAAAAAACAAAUUUCAUAACUGUAUUCUACAUAACGACAUUAUUAUAAGUUAAACGUUAAUUUUGUAUUCAUUAAGAGAUUUCGUUACGACAAUUUGCGCUAGCGACUCCAUGCAUAGAAGCACUAAUACAGCGGACCUGGUUAUCUUUUUGCUUCCAGUAGAUUACUUUUGUUUUAAUAUUUCUUUUCAUUGAUAUCAUCUUUGUUAAUUGUAAGUAACCAUGUGGAAAGACAAAAAUACAAAGUACAAUCGUU